AUGGAUGAUGAGACCGCAGAGAUUGAGCUGCUUGAGCAGAACCUCAACAAGACGAGACAAAUAUCUCAACGCAUGACCUCAAUCCUGUCUAGUUUCGACACUCGUCUCGUGAAACUCGAGAAGUCUAUUCUGCCCUUGUACACUUCCACACAACUUCUCACAAGGCGGUCAAAUAACAUUGAGAACACUUUGCAGAAGAUAGACGAGAUCGCAAGUUACCAUGAGGGUGUCGCUGCAGAAGAAGCAUUGAUCUUGCGAGGACCACAGCCCGGUCAGCUGAACGCAUAUACCGAGGUUCUUGAACGCAUGAACGCUAGUGUCGCGUUCAACAGUACAGAUUCUCGCGACAAGGCUCGUCUGGUGGAGACUGGUGCUAAGAAGCUUAUACAAAUGUACACCAAGAUCGUCGCCGAGGGCUCCUCCGGCGUACCUCCAGGCGGCACCGAGUUUACCUCCGUUCCCUUCCCAGCACAACUCCUCGUGACUCUCAAGCCUCUCGUCGUUUUCCUCCGCACACUCCCCUUACCUGCCACGCACCCCUCCCAUCCGGCAGCACCAGGAAUCCAGUCGGCACUGAAAGAUGCGCAAAAGGGAUAUGGAGAUAUGCGUGGGUCGUGGGUGCGGAAAUGCCUGGAAACAUUCGGGAAGCGUGUGGUGGACAGGGCAGAGACUAUUGAGGGUGUGGCGGCCGGGCGCGAGGUUGGCGUCUGGACAGAGAACAUGCUUACGGUCGCCGAGGAGGAGUACAGUCUUCUUCUCGAACUCGCCUCUCUCAACACACCCAACAUGCUCGCCUCAACAUAUGCGGCGCUUAUCUCCCCGUUAACGUUGCUGUUCACUUCUACCCUCGGUUCGCUCGGUUCGCUGAUCAAGCGCAAUCUAAACAAGAACACAUUCCUCGCUCUCUCCGCCUACUCUUCCCUUACUGCCCUCCAGCUGCGUUGGAAUGAUUCCAUGUGCCGACGCGCGGACCGGAAAGAGAACGAGCUGAAAGAAGGCCUUCACUCGAUUCGCGCGUCAUGUUUGCGAAGCUUCCCGGAGUUCCUGGCUGACAUCAAGGUGGCGGGAAUGGGACCCAAGGGAGGGGAAGUGGGAACCGGGCUUGCCGAGUUCACAAUCACAACUGUAAUAUACCUCGAGCAGCUCUUGGUCGUCCAGGAGGGUGCUUCCGCGGCGCUUUUAACACUAGGUGACGGAAAUUGGAAGAUGGGGCAGGGUACUCAGAUUGGGAAGACAAAACCAGGAGAGGUCGAUGAGAAGAUGGUGCUCGAGCACUUCACGUUCGACGUCGUGCAGUCGACGAUCCAAGCUCUCCUCGCGCUUUCACGCAUGAACAAACGCCCAGCAUACGGCGCGAUAUUCUUGCUCAACAACGUCUCCUUCCUGCGCACCCAGCUGCUCGUCGAGCGCAAUUCCAUCACGCAGAUCCUCUCGCGCCCGUCGGUGGAGUUUCUAAACACCAACUUCCGAACCGCCAAGGCCGGCUACUUCGACGCCAACUUCUCGCCCCUCCUCCAGACGCUUGUCGAUGAGCGCGACAAGGGCAAGAGUGCGGUCAAGGAGAAGUUCACGCGCUUUUUCGACCUGCUCGACGAAGUCUCGGAGCGGCACAUGGUUGCACGGGUGCUCGUUGACGAUCCGGAGGGUCGCGCGACGGUCGCGGACGAGGCCGGGAAGCUCGUCGUGCCGUCUCUUCAGCGGUUCAUCCAGCGUAAUCUCGGGAAGGAGUUCAGCAAGAAUCCGCAGAAAUACAUCAAGAUGCCUCCAGAGGACGUCGAAGCACUCAUCAAGGGCUUUUACACUGGUGGAACGAGCAGUCUACCCAUGCCUCCGCCGCAGGAGAAGUUGACCAACACCCUCCUCCAGCAGGCUGGAUGGGGCUGGUGA